AUGCCAUACUAUACGGCGAUCAAGUCGGCCGGCCGGCUCUUCGCUAGGCAGAAUUUUGUGCUCUUUACGACCUGCUUCAUCUGGCUUCCUAUUCUUGUCAACUGCCAUAUUCAUCAGAGAGCACCAGGAGGAGUUCAUCGACAUGCUUUGAAGCGAGGAGGGAGCAAUUCCAACCAGUCUGAUGAUUUGAGUAUAUGGCAGCCUAGACCAGGUGUCAAAUGGCAAAUCCAGUUGGAGGAAGCCGUCGAGAACACUUCGAUAAAUGCCGACGUUUACGAUAUCGAUCUAUUUGACAACUCAGCAAAAACUAUAUCUGCGAUUCACGAACAUGGCACCCGGGUGAUUUGCUACUUUUCGGCAGGGACAUAUGAAGAAUGGCGUUCCGAUGCAGACCAAUUCUCUUCCUCCGACUUUGGGAGCAAUCUUGAUGAUUGGCCUGGAGAACGAUGGAUUGAUAUCAAUUCAAGCAACGUACGUCGGAUCCUAUCGGCUCGUCUUGACAUGGCGCAGAAGAAAGGCUGUGAUGGUGUUGAUCCGGAUAAUAUCGAUGGAUACAGCAAUGAAAAUGGGCUGGGCCUAACAACGGAUGACUCGAUUGAUUUAUUGAAGUACCUUGCGCUUGAGGCGCAUUCACGCGGCAUGUCGAUCGGAUUGAAGAACGGAGGUGACAUAAUUGGCGAUGUCAUCGACAAAAUGCAAUGGUCGGUCAACGAGCAGUGUGCCCAAUACAAUGAGUGCGACACAUAUGCUGCGUUCACAGAUGUGAAUAAGCCCGUUUUUCACAUCGAGUACUCUGGCGAGGAUGUGAGUUACAAAAGAAAACUGAAAGUUCGUGUCACGGAGGCGAAGAAGUCGGACGCUUGUCAUGCGGAGGGUGCCGAAAAAAUUCUCAACUGUCAUCAAAAACAUGGACCUCAGCGCUUCAUUUUCUUUUGA